UGAUUACAUACAUCCCUAAUCAAAGAAAAAAGUAACCACAAACACUCCAAAAAAAAAAUAAAAAUACUACAUCCCCAUGAUAAAGGAGAAAAAGGCAAAGGUCUUAGCAAGUAGAAAGUGAGAAGUGCCCUAUUAUGUGUAGGAACUCACCGCCCCACAACCCAAUUGACCUCACCUAAAGUCCUAGACCACACCACCCACCAUAGCUCCCCCUCUUGUUCUCCUUCCUCCUCCUUCGCCCAGAAAAGUCCUAAAUAGACUACUUAUUUUUCUUCUAUCUCUCAUUUUUUUCACCCAAGAUCAGUACUUUUUGAUUAUUUGAUAUACUAUUAGUAUUGCUAUUGAUUCAAUCAUUAAUUAAAGGUGUUACUCCUAUUUCAUUUGAUUUAGAUCUUUGUUUUUUUCCUUGAUAAAAAUCAAAUCUUGUUGUAGAUGUAUACAAAGAACCCAUCUUUUUUUGUUCCAAAGCCAUGUAAACAUCUCUCAAUUUUUAAGCUUAAACAUGGGAUAAAUUGCUAUACCCAACUCCAAAAUUACCUGAAAUCAACCCCAAAUGAUAAAUCAUCUCUAUUAAAUGAUAAAAAGGAGGUACCCAGAUGUGAUUUCUGUUUUGGGUAUAAGGGUAGAUUUUACAUUUGCUUGGUUUGCUCCACAAUUUCUUGUUGUUUAACUUCAGAUUUGAAAAACAAUCAUGCCCAUUUGCAUUCUAACAACAAUAAUGGUCAUGAAAUAGCUGUUGAUCUUGAAAGAGCAGAAUUAUAUUGCUGUGUGUGUUGUGAUCAGGUGUAUGAUCCUGAUUUUGACAGGGUUUUGAUGUCACAAAAGUUUGAGGAAUUGAAAAAAUCAGAGGUUAGUAGUAAUAGUAGUAGGAGAAAAGUUUUAUGUGUUGAAAUGGAUUUGAUGAAAUCUAAACAAUUGGUUGUUUUAAGGAGAGAUCCAAGGUCAAAAAUGGUGUAUCCUUUGGGAUUAAGGGGUUUGAAUAAUUUGGGUAGUACCUGUUUUAUGAAUUCUGUAUUGCAGGCAUUACUUCAUGCUCCUCCUUUAAGGAAUUACUUCUUAAGUGAUAGACAUCACAAGAAGUUUUGUAGGAAAAGAUCAGCUGAUCAGCUUUGUUUGCCUUGUGAUAUUGAUGCUCUUUUCUCUGCUGUUUUCUCUGGUGAUCGAUCUCCCUAUAGUCCUGCUCACUUUCUUCAUAGUUGGUGGUUGCACUCAGAAAAUCAUGCAACUUAUGAGCAGCAGGAUGCCCAUGAAUUCUUUAUAUCAAUUCUUGACCAAUUACAUGAGAAAGAAUCCAAAAACUUGAAGCUUACUGGAGAUGUAAGAGACUGUGAGUGCAUCGCCCAUCGAGUUUUUUCCGGCCUUUUGCGCUCAGAUUUGUCUUGUACAGUAUGUGGGUCCACAUCAACCACCUAUGAUCCUUGCAUGGAUAUCUCUCUUGACUUGGACGGCCAAACAACGCAGGUGAGCGGAAGCAUCAACAUGGCAACCCUUUCAAGUUGCCUGGGUCAUUUCACAAGGUCCGAGAAACUGGGAUCUGAUCAAAAGCUCUAUUGUGAAAAUUGUCAAGAAAGGCAAGAAUCAGCGAAACAAAUGUCAUUCAGACAGCUUCCGUUGGUGUUAUGCCUGCAUAUUAAAAGGUUUGAGCACUCUCAUGUCCGGAAAGUGUCCAGAAAGAUAGACCAAUACCUACAGUUCCCCUUUUCUUUGGACAUGAACCCAUAUUUGUCUUCAACAGUAGUAAGAGGCAGGCAUGGAAAUAGAAUGUUUUCCUUUGAAGAUGAUGAAGCUGAUUUAGUCACAGAAUAUGAGAUUUUUGCAGUAGUGACGCAUUCAGGGAUGCUUGAAUCCGGGCACUACGUAACUUUUUUGCGUUUGCAUAAUCAAUGGUAUAAAUGUGAUGACGCAUGGAUACUAGAAGUAGAUGAAGCAACGGUGAGAGCUUGUCAGUGUUAUAUGGUAUUCUAUCUACAGAAGAUGUACCAUCACAUAACAAGUGACGACUUGAGCUGCUCGCCCAUUUCGCCUAGAAGAGAUGCAUUCCUUCCUAUAGCCGGGUGUUGCUGAUGGAUGAUGGUGUGCUAUUGCUGAAUUUUGAGGGGCUUGGAAUUGUGAAAAUCACAUUCAAACUGCCAGUUGAUCAAGACAUUUGCGAAAACUAAGAAAACACUUAUCGUUGCGUCAGCUGCUCAAUAGUGCUUUCUUAAGAUGCAGGACCCGGGUAUCAUUCUUGGUGGUAGGGCUUUCCUCACACUCGAAGAGGUCCAUUCUGCAAAUGUGAGUGGAGUUCACCCUUGGGCCAUGACAGGUCUGUCUCAUAGGGUCAUUCAUCUUAACUAACCAAGAAAAAAGGAUAAAAAAAAAUAUCAUUUUGUUGAGAUUUGUGUUUUGCGAAUAACAUACCCGAAAUGAAUCUGCUGUGGCGCGGUGCGGUUUAAGAUGCAGAUGAAGUCUGCUAGCAGUAAUUGUCUUUGGAAGUUUCGACGUGUUUCUAAGUCUUUAGCUGCAGGUAAACACCUGCAGCAAAAGAGUUGGAGGCCGCCUGCAAUGUCAUACUAGAUGAAACGGCAAGCCUUCUUGCUAUGUGCAUCUAUUGAGUAGACUUUGGGUGAUUUGAAUCUCAAAAGGCUCAGAUUUGCAAAAUCCUUGGUAAGGGGAUUUGAUGAAUUAUUGUACAGAAUAAUGAAAAUUGUUUGGUUUGAGUUUUCUCACAAUUUCUUGAUGCUGUAGUGACCCAGAAUUUUGCUUGUGGUCAAAUGUGCACUUCCUCAGAAUAUAGUAGAUUUAUUUUUCCCUUGAUUUUUUGAGCAACUAAGCUCUCAUGUACUAAUUCAUUGCAAAUUGCCCGUAUUA